UUCACCUCACUGUGUGUUCACUGUGUGCAGUGUGUUUCACUAAUUCACGGAUUGGGAUAAAUGCAGAGGCCAAAUUUCCCUCACGGGAUCAAAAGAGUAUAUAUACUUAUACUUAUACGUCAGAUAUCUACGUGGCUUUUAAAAAAAGAUUGGUUAGAUGCAGUUGCAUAACAGAAUUCCUCUGAACUCCAAUCACAGCUUAUCACACUAUCGCAUAACUGCAUCGGUUUUCGUGAGACCUUUGCACAAGAAUAUGCGCUACAUAAAAUCAUACAAUAAAAAAAAGACCAUCCCUAACAACACAUAAUCACACAAACACUGACACGCACACACACAUACACAUACACACACGCACCACAGGCCAUCACUCAUUAACUGUGAUGUUGAAGUCUUGGAGUACAAAAGUACACAAGGCCCUGCGGUACUGUCUCAUAACACAGUUGUUUUGCUGCACGGGUUGCUUCUCUCUCUCUCUUUCCCUGGAUCCUGGACGUCACUGUCACUCCUGGGGAACCCACUGGUCAGUUCCUAGGCGCUCCCCAUAUUAGACCGAUCCCAGAACAUAGGCAGCUGCCAGGAUGGACCGGCUUUUGAGGAGGUGUCGCAUUAGAAGCUCACUGGCUAGAGAGUGCCUGGCAGAAGGCCUGGGGGUCUACAUCAUGAUUCUGUUUGGCUGUGGCUCAGUUGCCCAGGUCACGACCUCAAGGGACACCAAAGGACAGUACCUGUCAAUCAACCUGGGCUUUGCCCUUGGGACCACUUUUGGCGUGUACAUCUCUAAAGGGGUUUCAGGUGCUCACCUGAACCCAGCAGUGUCUCUCAGCCUCUGUCUGCUGGGCCGACACCCUUGGAUGCGUCUGCCUUUCUACAUCGUCUCGCAGUUCUUAGGGGCCUUCCUGGCUGCAGCCACUGUCCACCUCCAGUACCAUGAUGCCAUUUCAACCUUUGGUGGACUCAAAGUGACAGGACCCAACGGCACAGCUGGCAUCUUUGCCACCUACCCAGCGGACUACCUCUCUCUGGCCUCUGGAGUCUUGGACCAGGUGGUUGGCACGGCAGCUCUGCUACUGUGUGUCCUGGCGAUCGGAGACCAACGGAACACACCGGCCCCUCGGGGCCUGGAGCCGGUCCUGGUGGGGGCCAUUGUCAUGGUGAUCGGCGUGUCCAUGGGAUCGAACAGCGGUUACGCCAUCAAUCCCGCACGAGACCUGGGGCCCAGGGUCUACACCUACAUAGCCGGGUGGGGGGAGGAGGUGUUCAGUGCGGGGCGGUCGUGGUGGUGGGUUCCGGUGGUGGCCACUUCGCUGGGUGCUGUGGUGGGAUCGCUGCUGUAUGAGCUGCUGGUUGGGGCACACUUCCCUGAUGCAGACGCCCUCACGGACGGACUCGUCCUCACCAACCACCCUGCGCUGGAGCUCGGGGGCAAACAACUGGACCGGGACAUUCCUAAACCGGCAAUCCCUCUGACCUCCUAGGAGUGGCCGGAGAAACCUACCUGAGGCUGUGUAUGGAGAGUGAGGCGGAGAUUAAAGGAGACAGAGCUCACCAGGGGCCUCUGCGUGUGUAUGCAGCUGAGAACGGAACAAAAGGGAACACUGAGCUGGCAUCGUUACAACCAAUAGGAGUAGAAAGCACUGGUCAACGUCCACUCGACAUGAAGCCUCUGGA